CAACCUAAAACAUCAGAAACCAAUAGAGCCAGCGGCAGGACGACCUGAGAUCACAUAUCACGUUCGUUAGAGAUGGCUAAGUUGGCGAACAUGGCGAUUCUUUUUGUGGCUGCUUUCGCCGCGAUUUUCCUCCCCGGCACGGAGGCUGAAGAUUUCACGGUGGGCGGCUCCACCGGGUGGACCAAUAAUCCUUCUGGCGGCGCUUCUUUCUAUUCCAAUUGGGCUUCAGAUUUGACAUUCAACGUAAACGAUGUUCUUGUGUUUAACUUUGCCACGGGGAGGCACGAUGUAGCCAUAUUGACUAAAGACAACUUUGACAAUUGCAACGUGAAUAACCCGAUUCAAUUGAUUAACAACGGACCGGCUAGAGUGACUCUGAACCGAACCGGAGAUUUCCACUUUGCUUGUGGUUUCCCAGGUCACUGUAACAGUGGUCAAAAGCUAAGCAUUAAUGUCUCCGGCUCUUCCUCUCCUACUUCACCGCCGUCUGUGCCCGGAGCUCCGGGAUCUUCACCACCCGGCGAAACUCCUCCAGAAUCCUCAGCCACCUCUCUGGCUAUUACUUUCUCUCUUCUUCUCGCUACUAGUUGUCUGAACUUGUUCCUUCAUUUCUAGAUACAUAUAUAUAGAUAUAGUGAUUAUUACAGGGAGAUUUUGGUUAAUUUUCUGUGUAUUAUUCAUACUGUUGGGGGUUCAUUUUGCAUUGGUGGAAUUUAGUUUAUGUGUUAUUUUGAUUAGUUAUGGUUCAGAUGUAUUGGGUUUAUUGCUGAACUAGUUUGUUUUUCUUGGUUUGGUGUAUAUUAAGAUAUAUUAUUAUUGCGUUGAUGGAAUAAACGAUUAUAUACAUUGUUGUGGAGUAGGU